GAGCGAGUUCGUGGAGCACAACAGGAGCUCGGUGGAUUUAGGCCUCCGGCACCGACACCUGUCGAAGGUGCAUGACUGGGAUCUCGCGAGUGACAAGUGCGCCCGGAAGCGGUACUCACUCUUUGUAGAACUGGACAAGCACAACGUCUUAGGUGUCGGCUUCGGCCUUUUCUACAACGGCAUUUUCUUCAUUCUGGCGGCGGCCAUCAUCACGUGCUUUGCCAUGUGGCACCUUGAAGCAAAGUCGCAGCUGGAGGAGAUCUUCAACGGCUCGUCCACCAGCACCCGGCAGCAGCUCUCGGAGGUCCUCGGACGGACGGACCUCCCAAAGGCGACCCUCCCCGCAGUGAUCGUGUCGCCCAUGCUACACUGUGCGACCAACUCCCCGGACGACUUGACGCUGAUCCUGAAGGACUACGCGUCAGCGCGUGCCUUUACACUACUCAUACUGUAUGUAGUGCUUCUCUUCGUGUCACUUAUCUACGUGAAGACGCAGAAGGACUUUGCCAAGAGGUUUGAUGCCACCACCCACAGCAUGACCGACUUCGCGGUUUUAUUGCGAGGCUUUCCGCCCGAGGCCACGAACGAGGUGGAACUCAAGAAGUGGGCGCAGGAAGCCUUGCUCAAGUGUGGUCUCGGCAGUUGUGAGGUGGAGGGCGUGAGUAUUGGCUAUGACUUCGGUGAUCGAGUCGACAAGGUCAACAACAUGACCAACAGGUUUUGCAGCGCUUUGGAGCUGGAGAUGAGACGAGACGCUGGCGGCAGCAAUGACGUGCUCAAAAUGGAGCUGGACUACCUCGAGAAGCUGAAAGAGGAGGACCGCAAGGAGGUGCGUCAGUGGUUCGACGGUGCCGGGGCGCUCAAAGGCACAGGAGACGUUUUCCUGGUUUUGAAAGAGAACACCUUCAAGGAUAAAAUCAUGGCCAAGUACCAGGCUGAGAAAGGCAUCUUCCAGUACAAGAACAAGAUCAUGGAGGCGUCGGUGGUGAAGUCUGAGCCGCCGGACGUCUUCUGGUCCAAUCUGCACUUUCCGGACAGCAAGAUCCAGCACAACGAGAGGUGUGCAAUGUUGCAGAUCUUCUUCUACUUCUGCUGCAUCAACGUUCUGGUCUUCCUUUGGAACAGGAGCGUGGUGAUGCCCUACCUUUCAGCAGGCAGUAAUGCCAGUGGGCCGAUUACGAUUCUGCAGGGCAUCAUCAUGGGCAUCAUCAACGGCCAGCUGGGUGGUCAAGUCUGGAAAGCUGCGUAUGGUGUUGGCUACCACCGCAAGGAUCGUGCAGAUGUGUGGCUUUAUGUCAUGAACUUGAUCAUGACCUUCUGCAAUACUAUGUUUUCCCUGCUCCUCGUGUGCUACUCGGUGUUGGUCAUGAACAAGGAGAAAUCCAUGACAAGCCCCAACUAUCUCGAAGAGCUCUCCAGCGCCUCCCCUGUGGGUAUUGAGAGCUCGCUGGCCUACAACGUGUAUUUGAUGCUGAUACCUGGCCAGUUCUUCAUCAAUCCGUUGAACGGCUGGAUCAUGGGCGGCAUCGUGCCAUACCUCCAGAACACGUUGCUCGCCAACGUCAUCUAUGUGUGGUACUGCCUGCCGACUCCUGUCCUCCAGUUUCUCAAGGUCAUUCUUCCUUCCGCGCCUAAAGACCUGAAGAAGUACGACGUGCUUAACGCUGAAGACGGACUCAGGGCGCCACAGAUCGGCUUGCCCUGGGACUACAGCAACCUGGUGUUGAAUCCGUUCCUGGUCUUCCUGAGCUUCUUCCUGGUGUCAACCAGUUGUUACCAGUUGAGCAUGUUUCUGGCGCUCUAUGCCGUCUUCAGCUUCAUUUGGUUCCGGUUCAUGCAUCUCAGGGUGCAGUCAGCAUCGUUUUACUCCACUGACAAGCUGGACUGGGUGGUGCGGCUCACCUGGGGAGCUCCCCUUUCCACCCUUGCCAGCUGCGCCGUUGCCUGGAACAUCCGUGCAGGCGAGAUCAUGUCUACCUCUGGCAUCGGGUACCGAUGGCUGGCGGUUCUUGCCACUUACGCCAUGGGAUGCAUCAUUUGGGUCGUCCUUGUUCUCCUCAUUGACCCCGCGCACAAGGAGAACGUCAGUGACCAGAAGAGCUGUACCUUCGCGAAGUGCAAAACCCAGUGGCUCUUCAGCUGGUUCAACUCUAAUCCGAUCUACACACUGAAGUGCCUCUACUAUGUGGACCAGCUGAAAGAGGGUUGGGAUCACCCUCUGGCCAGCGGCGACGAUCCAACGAAAGUUAGAUUCUAUAGCCCUGGAAAAGAGUUCCUGCACAUCGCCCCUUCGAAGCUCGAGUCUGUCAUGGGUGGUGAUUUGUACGACAAGCUGGAAUUUGAGACCUGGCUGGAGGGACUGCGGCGCUGCAUUUGCCAGAUCAAGCAGCGGGGCAAAGUAGAUCCCCGCUUCAUGGCUGAGGAAAUGCAGCAACUGUUGGCCUACCAGCAGAACCCUCCCUUAGUCUAGGUGCGCAUUUUAAUGGUCUAAGAUGGUUGUCAUAUUCCCAAACCACUGGCUGCAAGGGGAAUGCUGCAUAUUGUCCAGAGUGGUUUGGGGUAGUGGAAGCGAUCUUAGAUUUUUAGCAGGUCUCACCUUUUGACCCGUUGGGAAAAGUGAAGGGCUCGCCCCAUAAUUAAUGUAGAGCGUAUUGCAGGGCCUGGAUUUUUCCACAAAUUUGUGGUGUCAAAAGAGAGUGCCUGACCGGUGUGCAGUG